AUGUCCAACCGCACCACUGUGACCGAUUUCCUUCUCCUGGGAUUCUCUGAGGUUCGGGAACUGCAGAUUUUACACUCUGUGGUGUUUCUAGGGAUUUACCUGGCAGCCCUGGUGGGAAAUUUCCUUGUUAUCAUCCUUGUAGUGGUCGACCACCACCUUCACACCCCCAUGUACUUCUUCCUGAUGAAUUUGUCCAUACUAGACCUUGGAUCCAUCUCCGUCACUGUCCCCAAGUGCAUGGCCAACUCCCUAUUGAACACCAAGUCGAUUUCUUAUUCUGGGUGCAUUGCCCAAGUCUUUCUUUUCAUUUUCUUCGCUGUGGUUGACUUUGCUUUUCUCACCAUCAUGGCGUACGACCGAUACGUCAACAUUUGCCAACCACUCCACUAUAAGACUAUAAUGAACAGGGGAGCUUGUGUCCAAAUGGCAGCCAGUGCCUGGAUCAGUGGAAUUAUUUACUUUAUGCAAAUUGGGAAAAUAUUUGCAUUAACUUUCUGUGGUGGUAACAAGGUGAAUCAGUUCUUCUGUGAAAUUCCCCAGCUGCUCAAGAUAACCUGCAAUGACUCGUACCUCAGUGAAAUUGUUAUUACUUCUUUUCUCUUCUUCUUAGGUUUAAGCGGUUUUACUUCUAUAAUUGUGUCAUAUGUUCAGAUAUUCAAAGCAGUGCUGAGAAUCCCCUCUGAGUGGGGCCGGCAUAAAGCCUUCUCCACCUGCCUCCCUCACCUCAUUGUGGUCUCAUUGUUAGUUUGCACUGCCACCUUUGCCUACCUGAAACCCACCUCCAGCUCAACAUCAGGACUUGAUUUAACGGUGGUUGUUCUUUAUUCCGUGGUGCCUCCAGUGAUGAAUCCAGCCAUCUACAGCAUGAGGAACAAGAAAAUCAAAGGUGCACUAAGAAAACUAACUGCGGGGAAGUUAUUCAAAAAGAAUAAAAUUUCCAGAUUUCUCCCAUGA